CAGUUGCCAAACAAAACGCGAUCGGCUAACAACCUCGUACCGCUCGCUCGCAGCUUUAGCUUUACCGUUACACCAGUGAUUGAGCACUACAAUAUCCGAAAAAACCAUGGCUAAAUUGAGUGCCCUGCUGCUGCCCCUAAUUUUGUUUAUUGUGGCCUUUGUGGCGCACACAACUUUUGCUACAGUGCAGCCAAAAGCACCGAACUUCCAGUACUUCGAAAGGCCCAAGUACCGUUAUCCCUACUACGAUGAACACGGGCGCGGAAAACUUCUCUACGGCUACGGCGGACCGGAAUUGUACCAAUACAAGACCUACACGCCCUUGGAGGGCAUUCACUAGUCCUAAAUAUCGAUUAGAUGCAAUGUAGUCCGUAAUUUAUGUAUUCUAUUAUUUAAAUUAAACUUUCUUUAUUACCCC